AUGCUCCAGUUGGCAUCUCCACCGCCUGUGGAUGAGCAGGACUCCCACCGCAUCCCAUACACACGUAUUUUAAAUUUUUGUGGCAUCUCACAGAGUGCUCCAGAUGUUGUGCUUCUUCACGAGCUGUGACUAGACAGGAACUGGGCCAUUCUUCCGGCAUUAGCGUGCCUCGCAUCUCUGUACUGUCAAACAUCUUCAUGGAUUGUGUUUUUGUGAUUUUUCUUGCGCAACCUUCUGCAGGUGCUGAGCGAAUUCCACGCGGGUCAGGAAUGGUUUCUGGGCAGAGCCCUCCGUGAUGAGGAACCCACAAUCAUCCACCACGCUUUCUCAAAAGACCCCUCCAGCUUCAGCUAUCUUGACUUCGUGGCUGGCUGGGCCCUCAGCUGCCCCUUGGCUAAGCGAACUGCAGAACGUGUGAAUUACGAGCCGGCCAAAUCGGAUUUCUCGAUUGACCUUCAGCACGAGAUCGGCCUUUACAUUUGGGAGGAGGGGACGGGUCCUGUAUUGACUGCAGCAAAUGAGUUUUGCUCUGAGCCGCAUGACACGGCCUCCACAAAAUACGACCGUCAACACCUACUUCCCCACCUGCGGAGACCCUCUAAUGAAGGAAAAAUUUCAUGCAGACAGAAAUACAUCAUACUCUCUAGUUUCACAGAUAGUCAUGAGCCUCCACCCCUCAUCUCUGGUGUCUCACCACCAUGUAGCACGACAGUUCCUGUAGUGAAACAGACGUGGGAAGAAGACGCUGCUUGGUUUGAGUACUACAGUGACAUGACAGAUCCAUAUAUACCCACAAUUCACCUGGGAGUCCCCAACACGGAGAGAGGACACUGUGCCAAAACAUUUGCCAUUUUGAAGAGGUUUGCUGGUGGAGUCGUAACAAAUGAGCUGUGGUUGCUCAUAGUGGAUGAUGACACGCUGAUCAGUCUCCCCCAACUGCGGAGGGUGCUGAGUUGUUUUAACCCUAGUGAAGCUGUGAUUGUUGGAGAACGUUAUGGCUAUAGGCUGAGCAGGGAUGGGUACAGCUACAUCACAGGAGGUGGAGGGCACGUCCAGAUGAUUACGUGAAAGAGCUCCUGGCUCGGCAGAACCCAAUCUCCUUCCACAAACAGCACUGGAACAUCAACCCUGUGGCCGUCUACCAGCGCUGGCUGACUGAAACAGAUAAGCUUGACCAGAGGAGACCGCACUUACUCAAAAAGACCAGAGAGGAACUUUAGAUGUUCAUAAAUGCAAGCUUUUCAAGUUGUUUGGCACUGAAUUAAAUUUUUUGAAAGCGUAUAGAAGGUCAACAUGAAAUCUAAUUUUCCUAUUUUCCUUUUUGCACAGGACUUGUUGUAAACAAUUCAUUGGCAGACUUGGUUUGACAAAAAGUGCAUCUUGGUAUUAUUUUUUGUGGUUUAUGAAUUUGGGUCCUGGUUUCCAUCACUUGUAAAUGUCAUACUUUGUGAGGUAAUGACAAUCAAAUGGUUUCUCAGUUAAAGAGGUGUUCAUACAGUAGUCUGUAUUGACAGGGUCUUUGUGCAAUUUGUUAAGAUUUAUGCUUUGCAUUAAUCCCAUGCGCAUUCGGAUAUCGAACCUAUUACCUUUGCCCUGCUGCCACAAAGCUAUACCAAGCCAAUGUACAAAACUGACAUUUUGACAAAACUGAUAAAAUAUCGUAAAAUAAAUAUUUUCACGUAAAAUUACGUUUUUCGUACAUUCGUUAUUUUGCCGUCUUUUCUGUAAUUUGA